AGUAAUCUGCUGAGCUGUAAUCACUCUAAAGAGUUGCCGACAUGCGAAGGCUGGUCGCUCGUCUUUCAUCCCGAGUCAGCAGCUAAAGGUUAUAUCACGGGGCAACUAGUCCAGCCCUUGAAACAGGUCCUACAUCCAGGAGGAAAUGAAGCUAGGUAUGACCCUUCAGUCCACGAUUCUUCUUGUUUCGCUUCACCUGUACAUCACCAGACCGCCGGCAAAGAAAGCCUGACUGCAGAUGCACAGAACAUCCUCGUGCCUGCAACGUUAACGCUGACCCCCUCUAUGUUAUCUCUGGAUGAGGUCAACAGCAGAGGUGUGCCUCCUGAGCUUAGAAAGCAGCUAAAUGGCAUAACAAAGGUGUAGGAUGGAGUAUAAACAAGAGUGGAGUUGCGGUGACGUUCGCCGACAUGUUGUGGCCACAGAUGGUGCUGCAUCUGCUCUCCAUACUUGUUAGAUUGACUGUAACGCUUACAACAGUUUGUAUCCAUAUCACAGGCCAUCACAGUUCUCGCUUUCUCGGAAUUCGGUUGGCUAAUCGGAUGCUUGCGGCUGCAGCCCUUAGGCUCGUCAUAAUACGUUUGGCAGAUUCGCGCGGCAAGUGAUGCCAGCUUCUUGUAAGAGUGCGCAGCCGAACCACAGUACGGUCUGACUUAAGACACAAUAGUUACAACAAAGCCAACAGCGCUCCUUGAUGAGCUUCGAUCGUUAUUGAACAGUUGAACUUACUGCUACUGUCACAUUGUCAAGGGAUGUGAACUCGCUCUUGCUUCCGCGCUACAUAACAUACAUGUAACAUAAAACUUCUUUUACUUUAUCGCUUAGUACUUUACUUUCAGUAAGGUGUCACGUGACGUCGCGUUUGCAUCCCUGGAAAACAGUUGCUGUUGGUGUUGUGUGUCAUCACACUUCUUGGACAAGUUCUACUGAAGCACUGCCCUCGACAGCAACAGCUGUCGCGUGAGUUACAAGCCGCCAUUUGUUUUUGCUGCUUGCAGUUGAUCAUUGGAAUACGCAGAGAUGCUCACAGUCAGAAAGUGGUGUUCUGAAAGCGGGCCACUUCCCUAGGCACGUUCCACGGCGGCGAGGACCACAACAGAGUCAGUAACAACAUUAAUCACCAUUCAUGACGUCUGGCACCAGGCUGUGGGUUCCGCCGGCACACACAAAGACCAUCCUGGUGACUGUACGGUGUUUGGCUGAGGAGCCUACCGAUCAGGUGUUUCUGGUCGAUGUGUGGGUGUCGGGUAGACGCCACACUGUUGAAAGAAGAUACACCGAAUUUGAAGAUUUGCACAAACAGGUGAAGAAAAUGAUAAAAACUCCCGAAUUUCCCCCAAAGAAGGUUUUAAAAUGGAAUAACAAAGUUCUAGAACAGAGGCGCCAUGGACUGGAAGCAUACCUGCAGGGUGUGGUAUGUUGUGAGGCCAUUCCCAGACCAGUCUUGCAUUUUUUGGAGAUUAAAACUGAAGAUGAUGGAUUUGAGUUUGAUAUGGUGGAUCAUAGCCACAAGGUGGUUCACCAGGCAGUCAUCACUUUUCCAGAAAAUGCUUUCCUGCAGGACAUCCAUAGAGGUACUUUGCCAGACAUCGUUGCUGAAGGAGUAACAAUUGGCUUGUUUGACAGUGAUUACACUGCAUUUCCUAGCUGAAGAGAGCAUUUUGAUAAACUCAUGAAAAAGAAAAGAUGAUAUCGCAGAAUAUUUUUGUAUGCAUGUCAGUGACUCGUGAAGGUGGACAGUUGAAAAACCUUGUUCAGUAAGUUACAAACUGAUAAACCACUGUGAUACUCGGUAUUUAGCAUGUUGCUGUUGUGCUUAUGAUUAUGUAAGCAGCACAUAUAGAAAAUUAAAAUCAUAGAGGAUAAACUGUUUGUUUCCAUGUUUUAUUGCUUUAGCGUUGGUAAUGUCAUCUCUGCAAAUGAUUGAGAAGCUAUGAUAGAGGAAUGCUCUUACUUUUGAUUGAAAACUUUGUCUUGUUACAGAUGUAAUCUGCUGUGAUAUGUCUUAAACUAAUGCUAAUAAGCUUCUGGGCAAGUAAAACAUGUGUAAGAAAAUAUAUGGACAUUGCAUUGAGCCUUAUAGAUACAACAGCAUUUUGAUUAGCAGAGAGAAAAAUAGGCAGCCAGUGAGUUGAAGUUAUUAGUGGACUGAAUCAUUAAUGGUGAUAUUUAGAUUUCCUUUAGAAAAAAAAAACCUUAAUAGACCUGGGGCCCAACAAACCUAAAAAUCCAGUUUGUCAAGUACUGUCAAACUUGUCAAUUGCAGAUUGAUGUAUCUGAAGUGUAGUAAUAAAGUGUUUUGCCUAAACAAGGAAAA